AAUAAAGUGUGUUCUGAUGUGGAUGUGUUUCAGAGAACAUCUCCAGCUUUCGGUUAUGAGCCUGAUUUCAUAUGGAAGGACACCAAACUGGCGUCACUGGAGAGGAACAUUCGAGACCUGGAGGACGAGAUCCAAACCAUGAAGACAAACGGGCUUUUACAUACAGACGGCCGAGGAGAAGAGUUCAAACACAUGGAGGUGUAUAAGAACCACUCCAAGUUCAUGAAGAGCAAGAUUGAUCUGCUGAAACAGGAAGUAGUAAAGAAAGAUUCUGAUUCGACGACACUGCAAACGAAGCUUGAAGCGCUGACCAAUCAGAACUCAGACUGCAAACAGCACAUCGAGGUCCUGAAGGAGUCUCUGACAGCCAAAGAACACAGAGCGUGUGUCCUUCAGACCGAGGUGGACGCUCUGCGUGUGCGUCUGGAGGAGAGAGAGUCGUUCCUCAACAGAAAGAGCAAACAGAUCCAGGAUCUGAUCGAAGAGAAGGGAACUCUGAACAGUGAGAUAUGUGACCUGAAGGACAUGCUGGAGGUCAAGGAGAAGAAGAUCCACAUCCUGCAGAAAAAGUCUGAGAACCUGCAGGAGCAGCUGAAGGACCGGGAGAAGCAGCUGGAGAGUCUGGGGAACCGAGUGACGUCUCUGCAGAACGACUCCAGCAACACCGACACCGCUCUCAUUACACUGGAGGAGGCUCUCUCGGAGAAGAUAGAAGAGGCAGAAAUGCAUAAGAAUGAAAAUAAGGAACUGAAAAGCAAACUCGCCUCCCUACAAGAGCGUCUUUCAGAGAAAGAGGUGUGUGAAGCAGAGUGUGUUGCUCGCUGGAACCCGGAGCUGUCGGAGCGAGUGCAGGUUCUCCAGACGGAAGCGGUCCGUCAUAAAGAGGAGGAGGAGAAGUGUAAUGCUGAAGUGCAGCGAGUGCUGGCUCUCCUGCGGGACCUGCAGUCUGAACGCCUGGAGCAGGAUAAGAGAAUCCUCCAGCUGGAGAGACAAGUGAAGGAGAAGAACCAGAAUCCGUCUGUGAACCCGGGCCAAGCCGGAGAAGUGACUCCCAACACUCACACACAGUUGGAGGGUUUGAUGGCGGCUCUGGACAACACCAGGAGAGAGCUGGACGCCACACGGCAGCGGCUGUCUUCUACACAGAACACUCUUUCUGCACACGACGCUGAGCUGAGCCGGUUACGAGACGACCACAGUCAACAGCUCGCAGAGAUCCUGCGGUUAAAACACCAGGCUCUUCUGGCCGCCGGAGAACAGGAUCCACGAGAACUUUCUCCCGUCAGGAACAUGUCGACCCCUGAAGAUGUGAUGACCUUGAGGAGAGAGAAGGAGAGGUUCAGGAAUCACCCGAAACAACAGACGGCAUGUGUUGUGGGAUUUGUCACAGUCUCUGCUUCUGAAUCACUUGUCCAUGUUUGA